CUAGUAAAAUGGAAUCUGGGGAAGAUAGUAUACCCCUUUAAAAUUCUGAAUUAUUACCAAUAAUUUAACAUUUUUAAAAAUAGGAAAACAACUCACACACUUCUGCCAUCGAACAAAAUCUUUAGCCAAAGAAAGAUUUAUUUAAGGAGUAGGCUGGGUGUAUGUUGUGUGGAGGACCUUUGCGGAAUAUUGAAGCAGGAGCCAGGGGGAGUGAGCAGCAUCUUUUAACACAGGGGCCGAGCUCCGCCAGCCCGGCUCCCGAGUGACCGAGCCCCGCCAGCCCGGCUCCCGAGUGACCGAGCCCCGCCAGAAGAUGUCCGUGUCCAGACUGCCGGAGGACCUGGCCACGCUUUCCCAGCUGGAUGAGGACACUCUUCUGGACGUGCUUAGCACCAGAUUUCGGCAUAACCACAUUUAUACUUAUAUUGGAGAUAUUCUAGUAGCCAUCAAUCCUUUCAAGUACUUGCCAUUAUAUGAAAAGUCGGAAGCCGAAAAGUACAAAAGUUGUUCAAAAAACAGCCUACCACCUCAUAUUUUUGCAGUGGCUGAUCGUGCAUAUCGAUCAAUGUUGGGACGCUUAGCCACUGGCCCCAAGAGCCAAUGUAUAGUCAUCAGUGGGGAAAGUGGAGCUGGGAAAACUGAAAGCACCAAGCUUCUGCUGAGACAGAUCAUGGAGCUCUGCAAAGGAAAUUCUCAAUUGGAGCAGCAAGUUCUUCAGGUGAAUCCACUUCUGGAGGCAUUUGGAAAUGCCCAGACUGUUAUGAAUGAUAACAGCAGUAGAUUUGGGAAAUACAUUCAACUAAGAUUUCACAAUACUGCAGUGAAAGGUGCUAAAAUCAAUGAAUACCUUUUGGAGAAAUCCCGAGUUGUACGUCAGGAUGAAGGCGAAAGAAACUUCCAUAUUUUCUACUAUAUGUUUGCUGGAAUAUCUGCUGCUGACCAGGAAGUCUACGGUCUCUUGGACCCUAAGUUCUACAGGUACUUAAAUCACAAAUAUGGUACUGAUGAAACUGUCCAGCAAUGGAACAAGAAAUAUCAUGAAGUAUGUAAUGCCCUGGAUAUGGUUGGCUUUCUGGAGCAGGAACAGGUUGACAUGGUGACAAUACUGGCAGGAAUCCUGUCACUUGGCAAUAUAAUUUAUGAGCCCCAAGACAGCGGAAUCCUUAAAGUGACAGAUCAGUCUAAAGGAUGGCUCAAAGCUGCAGCAGGUCAGUUUGGUGUUGAGGAGGAAGAGCUAUUAAAGUGUUUGAUUUGUACAUUGGCGGUAACUCGAGGAGAAUCCAUUCAACGGUACCACAGCAAACAGCAGGCAGAAGAUGCCAGGGAUUCUAUUGCUAAGGCUGCUUAUGGCAGAGUUUUUGGUUGGAUAGUCAGCAAAAUCAACCAGCUUCUGGCUCCAAAGGAGGGCAUGGAUACUGUAGAACUACAGGAGAUUGGUAUACUAGACAUUUUUGGAUUUGAGAACUUUGCAGUGAACAGAUACGAACAGAUGUGUAUUAAUUUGGCAAAUGAACAGCUUCAGUAUUUCUUCAAUCAUCACAUAUUUUUAAUGCAGCAAAAUGAGUACAAGCAAGAAGGAAUUGAGUGGGAAAAUAUUACCUUUAAGGACAACAAGGCAAUACUGGAUCUCUUUUUAGCAAAACCACUUGGUAUGUUUUCCCUAUUGGAUGAACAAAGUGCAUUUCCACAGGCCACUGAUAGGACUUUCGUGGACAAGAUAAACAGUAGUUUCAAAGGGAACCCGCACUUCAAAAUAGAUAGAAGUCACACUCCAGUAUUUACAGUGAUACAUUAUGCAGGAAAGGUCCAAUAUAAUGCAUCUGGGUUUCUGGAGAAAAACAGAGACACAAUCCCAGCAAGUAUCCGAGGGUUGUUCAUUAAUAGUAUAACUCCACUGCUAAGUAUACUUUUUGCAGCUACUGUCUCAAGGACAGGAACCUUAAUGGCCCAGCAAAGACCAAGAUUGGUACAGAGAACAGAAGACAACUUUAAUAGCACCAGGAAGCAGUCUGUUGGAGCACAGUUCAGACAUUCUUUAGCAGUGUUGAUGGAGAAGAUGUUUGCAGCAAACCCGCAUUUCAUUCGCUGUGUCAAACCAAACGUUAAUAAAUUGCCUCAUCAGCUGGACAGAAAAAUUUUCAUGGAUCAGCUACGAUACAAUGGACUAUUGGAAACUAUCCGGAUUCGUAGAGAUGGAUAUUCAUGGAGACCAUUCUUUGAGGAAUUUGCAGAAAGAUACGGAAUACUGCUUAUUACCCCCAAUAUGUCAUUUAAUAAAGAAAGUUGCCUAGCUAUUCUUCAAACUGCAGGCCUUAAGGACUGGACGUCUGGAAAAUCCCGCUUGUUCUUUAAGUACUGGCAUCAGGACCAAUUGGCAAAGUGUAUCGAAAGACUUGAAAAAGCUGCAAUAAUUAUCCAGAAAAGUUAUAAAAGAUUCCGCUGUCAAAACAGAUAUAAAACCUUAUUUGCUGAACUACAAAACCAGCGUCAGUUGGAACUGGAAAGACAGAUUGAAGAAAGACGGCAGAUUGCAUUAGAACAAGAAAUGGAGAGAAAGAAGCAGGAAAUGGAAUGGAUAAAUGAAAGAUUGGCGACACCACCAGUUCCACUCCCAAGAAAAAAGAAGCCUCUCCCUCGACUUCCUUCUGUAGCUGCGGAUAAACCUUGCAAUGCAGUGCAGCCUCCUGUCCCCAGACCCCGGAGUAAAUUAGUAGAGGCAACUCCAUUCGAUAAUUCUCGGGAUCACAUGAGCAGCAGCUGGCUACAGGAACAAGCAGAUAAGGAGCAGCGAAUUAACAAGAAAAGAGCUACAAUUCGGUGGUUCAAAGAGACUCAAGUUCGAAAAGUACUCCAGAAUGGCACUUUUCCAUGCUGGUUCCAUGGAAUGAUUACACGGCGAGAGAGCGAAGAUUUGUUGGCAAACCAACCUUUAGGUUGCUUCCUUAUUCGUGUCAGUGGAAGUAGAGAAGGAUACACACUUACCUUUAGGGGUGUAGAUCGGUGCAGACACUAUAUGAUUGAAAUGCAGCCCAAUGGGAAGUAUGUGAUAUUGGGAGAAGAUAGGGCCCACCCAUCACUACCUGACCUAGUGGAGUAUUAUAAAACUGUUGGAAUUCAGCCAUUCAUGGAAGUCCUUACCACACCUUGUGGGCAGAAAUGUGACAAUGAGACAGAUUACGAAGAACUCAGACAUUUUUCGUUGAAAAUCAACCCAGAAGAAAAUUCAAGUUUUGACACUGUGGCUGGUGACUCGAUUCAUGACCGAGUGCACAAUGAGCUGUCUAAGCUUUUUGUACCACCUGAGUCACAGUUUUCAAUGCAGGCUCAAAAGCCACCAGUGAUGAGAAAGAUCGCAGACAGAAAGCUUCAGGCAGCUGCUUCAGGGGGAACAACUGCAAUUAAUUCAGAAAACUGGAUUGAAGAUGAGCAUCAAGGAAGCAAACGCACAUUCCCAAGACUGUACCCAUCAAUACGUUUAGCAAUGAGGGAGAUUCAGCAAGUUCUUGAGCAUCAACCUGCAUUUCACAGCCCUAACCCUAGAGAGGAAGUUGUGCCGGAACUACCUCCCAAGCAGUUUAAAGAGCGCUACAGACCUCAAUAACUUGGAUCAGAACACUACAAUAAGAAAUAAAUGGCUGAAGAUGGGGGUAUGUGUCGAAAUGUGGCCGAAGAAAGAUGAUAUUUCCAAUAUGUUUACUGAUGCAAAAAAGAUACUUUCUAUUUCUCUAAUGAAACAAGUUUAUCUCCACCUGUAUGUGCUGGGUACAUAUUGAACUGUCUCCAAUGAGUUUUUUGCACAAUUUUUUUUUGUACAGUGUUUUCACAUUACAAAGUAUUGUCAAUAAUCUGCAAAAAGCUGCUCGUUACAAAGAAGCGUUUAUAUUUUCACUCCAUACAUGUUCUGUAACCAGUGGUUUUGGACGGUAUUGAUCUGUUCUUAAAUGUGUAUGCAGGUAAAUAAUUUGUACAACUAUUAAAAAUUACAAUGUGAGUGUCA